AUGCAUCUGUGGCACGGUUUCAAUAGCUGUGGCUUCGCCUUCUUCAUCCUGUUCUUGGGUCUGCUUCUCCCAAGUAUCACAGGAAGGGAACUGAAGUAUGUUGUCUUGGUAAGCGUGAGGUCUUCUUUUCAUUGCUAACAAUGACCUUGACAGUGUUGAUCUUUGCUGUUCUUCUUUCUAAAUUAUGUUCCUGUGAAUAAUUUUAUGCAUUUUAAUAUGCUAAGUAGAAUUUUUUUUCAGAAGGUUUCUGAAAUUUCUGAGCUUUUCUCUUCCCUCCCCCCUUAAAAAAGACCACUAGGAAUAUCCCACCCCUACCCCCUAUUUCUAACCAGAUUUUGUGGUUGCCAUCUUUCCAUUAUUCCCAUCCCACACAAUGCUUUUGAUGAAUGAUGCUAAGUACCACCACACACAAAAGCAUUGUUUAAAGGAUAGGGUAUAAAAUGUCUAAACGAGCAAGCAAGUAUACAAACCAGAGCUUGAACAAAAAUAUUGUCUAAUUGAAUUUAAACUCUUGGUUUUUCUGGUCAGCUUUAUGAAGAACACACAAUGGGCUUGUAAGUGUUCAGUGCAUUCAAUAUUUCACUUGACAUCUGAAUGUCAAUGCCCAACGGUCAGCGGAUUUUGCAAUGCAUGUUUUCUGAAUAUGAGAAAAUGUUAUAUUCCCCUUUUGCUUCCUUUUUCCAACUGUACAGCACUAAAGUUGCAUGCAAACUAUCACUUAUUCUUAGCAGCACACAACAGUAUUGUUGACAGUCUUCCUUUGAUAGAUACCCACCCUCAAAGUCUGUUAGCUCUAGAAUAGGGCUUCCCGGACUGUGGCCCAUGCCCUUCCUUCAGGUGGUCUGCAACAUGUCCUCAUGAAGUAUUCCUGAUGAUUUUGAAUACAUAUUUUCUUUCUUCCAUUUCCCCCAGUUUGAAUUAUAUGAAAUGCAAAGUGUAGUACAAUAAGAUAUAAGACAUGAAAGAAGCACUAGAAAUAUAAUUAAAAAUUAUACAGCACAGAGCAGAUUGCAAGCACUACAGUAGUUAAUAAAAACCAUUAAGUGGUCCACCAAGACCAUCAGCAGUUUUCAAAUGGUCCAGGAGAAACCACUGCUCUAGAAAUUCCUGACGUACAUUGUGUUCUCCUCUCAAAAGGACAAAAACUAAAUUCAAUAUACAGCUGUAUUAGCGAAUCCCCUUCAACCUCUCACCCCUGCACAGAAUUGCAGAGGCACAGGACCGCUAGGAGAUAUUCUGGCGGCUUUUUCAUAGUGCAUUUCUCUGAUAGACGAAGGCGAUAAUAUUAUAGCCACUUACUUAAAAAGCAGGACUUACUGAAGUCAAGUCAUUGGGACUUCUGAGUAGACAGGUAUGGGGUAAUGUUGUGAGAGGGUUGUGUGCUUCACAUUUAGAGCGGCAGCAGGGCAGCUAAUAUUUCAUUCUGAUAGAUUGCAUCCAAUUCUAUUUUCUUGAAAACUAAUGCAAUCUUCAAAACAUUUCACCAGGUUUACCGGCAUGGCGACAGAAGCCCUCUUUCAACUUUUCCCACUAAUGUGGUCAAAGAAGAUGUCUGGCCACAAGGAUAUGGAGAGCUCACAACGGUCUGAUAAUGCUCUAAGAAAUGAAAACGUAUUUUGUUGAUUUGUUUGCCUUUAUAUAAUACUCAUUAAGAUACUAACUAUUAGUUUUAUUAUUUUAUUUAACAGAAUGGCUAUACUGCUCAAACGUCCAAAUCUCUACAAAGCUUCUGAAACUUCUGAAACGUUGUUAUUUAUUAUUUCAGGCUCCAAUAAUAGCAUUGCCCAUUUCAGUACAAUGUACACAAACAGUAAUAUAAUUUAUGUAUGGUCCACUAACCCAAAUUACAGAAUGUUAACUACACAUUUUUUUAAAAAAAAAAAAGCAAAGAGCAAUCAUAGUCUAAGGUCAAUUGCAGCAUUUAGAAAUUUUGCAACGUUCUAAUCCGUGUGCUGCGCUGGUGCUGGCUCGCCAGAGCAGCUUUGUCACGCUGGCCACGUGACCCGGAAGUGUCUCCGGACAGCGCUGGCCCCCGGCCUCUUAAGUGAGAUGGGCGCACAACCCUAGAGUCGGACACGACUGGCCCGUAAGGGCAGGGGGGUACCUUAAUCUUUUGCUGCUGUUGAGCAUGGGUUCCAUCUUCCUCACCCCAAACUGAGUCCUUAUAAACGACACUUCCUCAUGAGGUAGUGUUGUUCCAAGAAUAUUGCUGUGGGCGAGAAGGGAAAAGCCAUGCAUCAAGCAGGAUGUGGAAUGGCAACAAAGCAUUGUUUAGAAGAAGAAAACCUGAUGCCACCAUCAUAAGCCCCCGCUCAAUGAAGAGCAGUGAACGUUUUACUCCCAGGCUGCAGAAGUUGCCAAAACACAGCUCCCACUAUCAUAGUCCGCAGUUUGGGCUGUGAAUGUAAAUGGCGUUUAUAACCCAGCUCUAGAACAGUGCCAGUGAUCUGAGAGCUACAGCCAUAUCAGCACACAUCCAUAACUUGUAACAGAAUCUGGUCCAGCCUCUUUUUUCAGUCUUGGAGACCUGCCACAAAUCUAGAUGUUAACCUUGUUCUCCUGGUGCUGCGGAAAGGAACAGGCCAAAAUCCAGAGCUUAGCUUUUUCAUGAUGAUGAAAUGUACACCCAACACCGUGAGCCUAGAAUACACAAAGUGUUCCUUUAUCCGUUGAAAUAGUCAGAAGUAGCUUGGAGGGGACGGUAAAUUGCAUCAAUGAGUUUUACAUGCAUACUUUUCCUUUUCCUUUUUCCCACAGCGUGGAAUGCAGCAGCAAUACUUGUUGGGUCAACUCAUAAAGGACAGAUAUAAGGACUUCUUAAGUGAUGAAUACAAGCGAAAGGAAGCAAGUAUUGGAACUAACUUCCCCGUUUUCUCAGCAAUAGCAUUUAUACUAAUAUAAUGUUAGCGUCAAACUAUGAUAAUAAUAAUAAUAAUAAUAAUAAAUAAAAUUUUAUUUAUAUCCUACCCUCCCCAGCCGAAGCCGGGCUCAGAGCGGCUAACAACAGUAAAAGUAACACAGUUUACAUAAAAUCACAAUCAAUUAAUUGAAAUACAUUCUAAAAUCAAUUCAUUCUAAAAUGCCGCUUAGCUAUGGGUGCGUUUCCCCAUGCUUGUUGGAUUGGGACAAGCAAAUAGAAGCAGAAGUGUAGUGAUUUCCACCAUGUGUUCAAAAUUUACUCAUAAUUGCAAUCCCCACAAGCCUAGCAGCAUCCGCAGUGACUUUCCAUCGCCAACCUUUCCCCUCCUUACAAUGGCUACUAUGAUCAUUGCAGCAGAGAGGGCGAGAGAAGGUGAAAGACCCUGUCUUUCCUUUCCCGUGUCCUCCUGGUUCUGUCCCUCCCCUCCCACUGGAUUUCCAGUUAGGAGAUGGGGCACAGACAGAAAAAGAAGACAGCAGUCACCAGAACAGCAACCCUGAAAGUGGGUUGGUGUGGGUAUGCAAGUUAGAUCUAAACCUCCCCCUGUGGAAAACAACCAUCUAGGAUCAAAAUAAUAAUACCAUCCUGAGCCACUCUUUCAUUUUAUCCUUCUCAGAUUUAUGUCCGAAGUACAGAUUAUGAUCGAACCAUUAUGAGUGCUCAAGCCAAUCUGGCCGGACUCUUUCCUCCUAAAGGAAACCAAAUCUGGAACAAAGAGAUCGCUUGGCAACCAAUUCCAGUUCAUACUGUGCCACGUUCAGAGGAAAGGGUAAGGAAACCUGUGGUAUUUUUAACCUUUUCUACUCCCAGUUCAAUGGAAACAUGGCAACCUGAGAGGUGAAUAUUUCACUUAAAUAGAGAGAUAAAUAGAGAUGAGAGAGAGAGAGAGAAGUCUUGGAGUUAUGAUACAGCGUUAGAGCUUCUAUUUGCAAAAACCAGCUGUAAAGGUAAAGGGACCCCUGACCAUUAGGUCCAGUCAUGACCGACUCUGGGGUUGCGGCGCUCAUCUCGCUUUAUUGGCCGAGGGAGCCGGUGUACAGCUUCCGGGUCACGUGGCCAGCAUGACUAAGCCGCUUCUGGCAAACCAGAGCUGUGCACGUAAACACCGUUUACCUUCCCGCCGGAGCGGUACCUAUUUAUCUACUUGCACUUUGACGUGCUUUCGAACUGCUAGGUUGGCAGGAGCUGGGACCAAACAACGGGAGCUCACCCCGUCACGGGGAUGCGAACUGCUGACCUUCUGAUCAGCAAGUCCUAGGCUCUGUGGUUUAACCCACAGCGCCACCCGCAUCCCUCCAAGGGCCCAUGGACCAAGGCCAUGGGCAUGGGGAAGGUAGUCUGUGACGGCACUUGGAGCUUAAAUGCACCAGCAGAAGUUACAGUGUGCAUUAAAAUCCCUGCUCGGAGGGGCUCACUUGACCCUUGCUGCAGUCACACUCAGACUCUGAGUAAGGAAAAGAAGAACGUGAAGUUUAUUGUAGGAAAUAUUUGUUGGAUACCACAGAUCCUAGGUGCAGCUGAGGUAAAUGUACAAAGAACCAUGCUUGCUCUUCCAUCUCUGCAGUAGAGCGAGAAAGGAAAAAUAACUCCUCUCAAUGGUGGGGUGAAGAAGGAGGAAGUGAGGUCAGCAGCCCUGAGAGUAUCAGUCUGAAGAAAGGUCAGCACUGAAAGUCUAGCAAGCAUGGAGGCUCUACUUUCUAUCUCCAUGCAAACCCACCAAGCCUUUAGCACAAGCCGCCCCUGACCAAGGCAACUUUUUGCAACAGAAAAAGUGGGAGUUCUAAUCACACGCUACUGACUGGUUGCUCUUCAAGCAUCUUCCCACUAAUAAUCUGAAUUUAGGAUGGACAUGUGUAUUAUACACAGGCAGAUGACAAUAUGAGGAGGUCUUUUUAGCUGAUAUGUUUCAUUUCAUUUCAUUAGUUGUUGCAUUAUCCUGUUCACGCUCCAUGUCCAAAGUUCGGUCAGCUUCUAAAGGAAACUUUUGGAUCCAAAACAGUCCAGGAAAAACUGAAAAGUCAAAUGGUAAGAAAUGGAAAGGGAAAAUCUUAUGGCUGCAAUCCAUGCGAGUAAAUCCCACUGAAAUCUAUAGUGCUUACUUCUGAGUAGACAUACCUCAGAAUGUGCUGGGAAUGUCUGAUAAGACAGCCAAAUGCUCUUUUGUUCCUUUCCUCCUAUCCUCUCUGAAGUGGAACAAUAAAAUUCAGGACAGAUGUAGAAAUGUCCAGUCACAGGCAGCCCACUAAUAAGAAACUCCCCAUUUGCAUGGGGGUUGCGUUCCUGGCGCCCAUGCGCAUUGCUGGAGCAUGCAUAAGCCCACCCCACCUCAUUAAACCCCAUUAUGCCCACACUCCCACCCCCGUUCCAUUCCCUCUUCUGGCCACAAGAUCCGCAACAAUGAGUGUGUGCACAGAGGUGAAUCAAUCGGACACACGUAAAAUGGUCGCUGUCUGUACUAUUUCACAGAUGUGGAACACUGAGACUGGUGUCACUAUCACCAGUUGUCAGGAGCACUUUUCUUUCAAAGCAGCCAGUAAUUUCCUUUGACCACCUGUUCCCACCUGUGAUAAGGAGGACUGCAGAGAUAAGAUGGGCUUUGGCUGAAUGUGGAUUUUUCCAGCUUGUGGUAGCAUCCCACCUGGAAGUAGUAAGAGGUUGGAAGUGUCCGUAUUGGCAACUUCAAGUUGACUGGAGCUCAACAAACCCACCAUUCAUAUCCUAUGUCUCCAAGGCAAUCUAAAUCUUUCCCAUCUCGCAGUCGAAAUGACCAUUGCGUGGGUCUGCCUUUGAAGGCUCUUCCGAAGCUGUAACCUGACUGGUGCAGAACAAUGGCGGUCAAUUUUAUUUCUGCUGCUGUCUUCAGGGGCCAUUGAGCAUGCUCAAAAGCACUCUGGUUGCCUAUUAACGUCUUUGUUAUGUACUGAGUUGAAUAGGAUCCAAAAUGCAGCAGUCUGAUUGGUCCUAGAACAAUAGGAUUCAGAAUGCAGCAGUCUGAUUGGUCCUAGAACAAUGCAGCAGUAUGAUUGGUCCACAGGAGCCACCCUAUCCAGCUCCAGGCGGAAGUGAAUCCGCAACCUGAUUGGCCUACAGGAGAAUCCCGGAAUUAACCAAUCACGUGCAGCCCAUUUUGUAAAUAAUGUAUAUAAAGCAGAUAUUUGGGGAGAACUUUCAUUCCUCAGGACUAUGAGCUGAAUAAAGAGCAUGAAAUCCACACUCGACUCUGAGUAUAUUUCAAUCUUGUUUGCCAAUAGCUUUCAAUCCCCUUGUGCUCCUUAAGAUCAAGCUCUGAAAGCCCACCAUUUAAUUCUGUCCUCUAAGAUUGGGGGCUACUGCAGCACCCCCCACAUUAUGGAACUGGCAGGGCAAAACUCUGCCCCAUUAAAAAAUGGCAGUCACUGCAGGAUCAGGCCCUACCAUUCAUUUGCACUUACUGGUUCAUUAAUCCUUCUGCUCUUUAUCUUUCAGCCAUUUCUAGGUCAAUUAGCAUCUAGCCUGGGAUACGAUAUGAAGGCUCUUCUGGAUUUUAAGAGUCACAAACUCUGGAAUGCGUACGAUGCUUUACUUGUUCAGGUAAUUUCUAGUAAACCUAUAUGAAACUCAUUCAUCCCCAACAAAACAGACCAAGGGGUUUAGGACGAGGUCAGGUGGCACAUGGCAGAUAAAAGCCACACUUGUGGCAAGGUCAUUAACGAUCCUGCUUUCAAUAUUAUUUGUGCUGGAGGCUGUUGUAACCAUAGUAGCAGAAGCUGCAGUGGUCCAAGCUACUGUUUACAUUGUGGAUGAGGAACCAUUUUCAGCUUCAGGGAUGCAUUUCCAUCUAGGAAACCUUCCAAGGUAGGACCACGUAUCAGUGGUGGUUUUGGGGAGCAAGGUUGUGUAGAGCUAUAAAUGUACAUUUUACCUUUGUGCGGUUCUCAACCUGUGGGUCCCCAGAUGUUGUUGGACUACAACUCCCAUCAUCCCUGAGCUCUGGCCUUGCUAGCUAGGGGUGAUAGAAGUUGUAGUUCAACAACAUCUGGGGACCCACAGGUUGAGAAAGGCUGGUACACACACACAAAACCACACACACACCUCUCUAUGCUCCAUAUAAGAGACAUUAUCAGAAAUCAAAGACACAUUUCAGCCAAGCUAAAACACCCCUUUAGUUAGGCAGAGGCCUAUUCUCCCCCCACAAAAAGGGGAACUUCUAGACUGAGUUCAUCAACCCAGUUGGGACUGUGUGUUUUUUUUCUUUAACUGCCAUAGACAUGGGGCUGGGAGAGGAGACCUCAAAAACCUAUGUAGUCUAAUUCUAAUCCUACAAUUGUGGAAAUUUAUUUAGACCAAAUCCCCUCUCAUUGUAAUAUUGGUUUUAUUAGCUGGCUGUGAGCCAUUUUGUGUGGGCCCCAAUGUGGCAUGGAAUGGGUUUUCCUAUAUAGAAACAUGAAGGUCUGUGAAACAACAGAACAGAUGAGAGUGAGAGAGCAAAGGCAUGGCUGAUAGAUGAAUCACCACCCGCUUUUAUUUCUUUUCAACUGUAGAAAAAACAUAAGCAGCCAUUACCAGCCUGGGCUACUGACGAAGUCAUGGACAAUUUGGAAGAUCUUUUGGCAUUUUCCUUAAAUGCAAUGUUUGGGAUACACGAAAGAGAAAAGAAAUCACGACUACAAGGAGGUAAGAAAAAGCAAAACAAAGCCCACAUCUUUCUAUAUGGCAUGCAUAUUAUCUAAAGGAAGAGCAACUAACUUAUCUUGGUUCAAGGGCUGCAUUGAAGGCUGGACACUCAGAGAGAACAAGUGCUGCGUGCCUCAUGUGUAGACACAAAGGAUGGAUCUAGACUCAUUAACAAACGUUUCAGGAAAACGUAUUAUAAAGCUUAUAGUGAGAAGUCAUGUUGCCAAAGGGUCCAACUCUACAGCGCCAUCUGGUGUCCCAAUGUUAUAGUGCAUUUAAAACACUUCCGGGGGCCACUAGGGGGCGCAUCGGAAGAUGGCUGACAAUAAUAUCUCUCCGACCCACACGAGGUAAUUUGGAGGCUAUGAUGGGAGUAAUUAGCCUCCCUAACCCCCCCCCCGGACGGUGGGGGGGACUGCCUUUGCCUGUUGUGCCCUAUACCACCCCCGAACUUGUGGGGAUGGGGGCACUAGGCACAAAGCCCUCCUGUGGGAUUCCGGCACUCCUGGACGCCGUCCCUGAUUUGCGCCACUAGCUGCAAGAACUUCAAAAGAAAACAAUUUGAAUGAAGGAAUGCACAUAUUUCAAGGAAGGAGGGGAGUAAAGACUGCUAUAGAAGAGAUCUCUGAUAAAACAAGACAAGAAUAAAACAUGAGAAGAUACGCCAAGACACGGUAUGGCAAAUGACUGAUGGGGGAAGGGGGAAAAACUUUCCUUUCUUUUCUUAUGUGAUUAACAAGAAUCCCCUCCCCUCACGAGUCACGAGUCAGAAAUGUCGUUUUACGGACUUAAGCUGUGGGUUUAAGGCUGUGGGGAGAUAAACUUUCGAACCAAAGCAUGUUUUAAGAAGAGCGAGGAAUGUAUAAGAGCUUGGGAAUGACGCAGUUAAAAAUGCCGUCGCCAUAUUGGGAAGUUCUGUCGGAGGUCUUGAGUCUGGGAGGAGAAAGAGAGAAAUAGAGCUGUUUAUAUAUUGUGGGUGAAACUCCUCAGAGGGACUUAAGAGCGACAGCUUUGCGAGAUGGAAAGAGCGAUGUUAUCUAUGAAGGCAAUGAUAUAUGGAAACCAUCUCUAUUUGAGGAAUAGAAGAACGGAAAAUUCACACAGGAUUAUUAUUAGUAUUGGUGUUUAUCGGCUUAAGGAGACUAUCAGAAGAGAUCAUAAAGAAAAAAGAGAAAAUAUAUAAACAAGAUGUGAUGUGGAAACAGCAAGAUAAGACUGGAUAGAAUUAUGAACUCUGUUUGGACUGAUUUGGACAUUAACGCAGUAGCAAGAAGAUGAUCAGAAUCCCCCUUCGGAUCUUGAAAUAUGGGUCCCCCCAACAAAAUUUAAAAUUUGGCUUUGUAAUUCGGAAUUUAUGUGAUGUGAUUUAAUUUGAUUUGAUUGGCCGGUUAAUAAAAAUUAUUUCAAAAAUUAAAUAAAUAAAACCCUUCCUUCCAUUGCUAAUGUAGCUGAGUCUGAAGUCACAUUCCUAUGUGUAUAUAGACCAACUCAGCACCCAUAUUGUAUACCCGUCAACUGUCCCAAUUGAAUUGGGAGUAUUACUAAAAUGUUAGAACUUCUCUGCCCCAGCUGAAAAAAAAGGCUUUGCCAAUUUACUUUAACAAUUGGUUAAAGAUAAAAGGGCUUCUUGGUUUCACCAGCAUUUGUAUUCCUUUCCGUCACCAUUAAGGUCUCCUUGUGAAAGAUAUUUUGAAUAAGAUGACAGAGGCUACUGAGUCCACUGAUGGAAGAAAAAUGUUAAUGUAUUCAGCCGUAAGUAUGAACAUUUUAAAUUGACCAAACCUUCUGUAGCUCGCAUUCUCCUGCUACUUUUUGGCUCCCUCUUUAAGCAGACUAUUUGGAAAUGUGCUUUGUCUACUCAAGUAACAUUAUUUUUCUCCCUUUUAUAGCAUGAUACCACAAUAGUUGCUCUCCAAGUAGCACUCAAUGUUUUCGACGUAAAGCUACCUCCAUACGCCGCCUGCCUAUUUUUUGAGCUAUAUAAAGAAGACAGUGGGUAAAUAUGAACUUGUAUAUUCAAUAAUUAUCAGUGAUUUAUUGGGUAAGCAUCUGCAAAUUCACUCAUCUUCUCAAACACAGUAUUUCUUCUCACAAUUCCUGCACUGCUGAAAUGGGUCAAAAAUCAGUUGCGUUCCCUCUGCGUUUGAGCUUGAUGUCUGGCUGUUCAAAAUGCUAUUGAAAAAUUAUUUCAUAGCUGAGUGGCUGAGGUGUGCAUACCUUUGAAAGACAGAAAGGGGUUGAAAGGGUUGAGUCACACUUUGUGCCAAAUCUACAAUAUUGAUCAUUGAUGCAGAGCUGAGAAACCCCAAUUAAAUCAUAAUUACUUGAAACAGCAGGUUAGAAUUGGGCAACAAUGAAAAGGUGUCAUGGGCCUCCCAAAUGAAAGACUGAGAGAUGCUCAAGAGAGGUUGUCUACCCACUUUUUCCUAACUUUUCUCGAUUAUUAAAGAAAAACAAGACUAAAUUCCACAAAAUAUCCAAUUUCAUGAAAGGAUUUCUUAAACCACAUCCAAAACAAUAGUGCAAUUCUAGUCACACUUAAUGGGUCAUAAGCCCCACUGGGACUCACCUCUGAGACAACAUGUGUAUGAUUAUGCCUCAACGCACUUAAUAGAGAAGAAUCCCAACUGAACGCAAUGAAAUUUACUUCUAAGCAACUAUGCCCAUAAUUGCACUGCCUGAAGGCUACAUUCCUGGGCAGAAUUCAACAAGGGCUGCCUGUAGGCAUGAAAUCCUUUGCAGGCUUACUUCAGAAUAAACCCCAUUGAUAUCUGUGGGACAUAUUUCUAAAUAUAUAUGCAUGAAAUAAAUUGAACAACCAGGCAGCUUGCGACAAAGGGCUGGUUUUGCUUCUUUAAGUAAAUCCCAUCAAGAUGAUUAGCAUUCAGUCGAGAAAAUCAGCAACUUGUCUUGAGCCUUCCGUGGUUACCAAUACAGAAGUCCACCCAUCUUAUCAGAAGACUUCUCAGAUCAGUUCUUAUGAAAUGGAAGUGAGGCCUGGGUGAUAUAUGGCUGCAUCUUGUAGAAAUGACUUCUUUCUUUGGCGAUCACUCAUAGCCGAGUAAGAUUGUCUUACAUAAACACGGUUUUAACAAUGAAACCACAAGUGACUGUGGAGGCCAAUUCUGGAUGCACAUGUCCUUCCACAGUGGGGACAUUGGUUUCCAGGCGGGAAUUGAUCACGGUGUGGAUUUGCCAAGCAUGCCUUCCUCCUAGCAUGUUUCUCCCUUGCGUCCUGAGUUCAAGUGUCUUCAAAGGCCAUGACACCUUUGGUAAAGGCUGUUCUCCAACUAGAGCGCUUGCAGGCCAGUGUUUCCCAGUUGUCAAUGUUUAUACUACAUUUUUUUAGAUUUGCCUUAAGACAGUCUUUAAACCUCUUUUGUUGGCCACCAGCAUUACGCUUUCCAUUUUUAAGUUUGGAAUAGAGUAGUUGCUUUGGAAGACGAUCAUCAGGCAUCCGCACAACAUAAUGCUCUUAAUGACCUACACUUCUUCUUUUCAGUGAGUUCACCAUUGAGAUGCACUAUCGGGCCCAAAAAAAUCUUCCACCCCAUGCUCUUGUUUUGCCGGGCUGUGAAGCGGCUUGCCCCUUGCAGAAGUUUAAAGAACUGGUUUCUCCUGUCAUACCAGAGGACUGGCAAGCAGAAUGUAAUUCUUAAUUUUAGGAUGGCAUCAUAAAUGAGAGGUAAGAUAGGUAGCAGGGUUGAAACGAACACAUAUAAAACCGAUGUAUCAACAUUCAGUUUCUCAGCUUGACCUUCCUCACAACACCUCUAUGAGGUAGAUGAGGAUGAAUGGCCCAAGGUCAAACAGUGCACUUCAUGAGGCUACCUUUGACUGUGACUCGGAAACUGCAACUAAUCCCGAAUGUGGCAGCUAAAUUGGUGUCUGGGAGCGGCCACAGGGACCAUAUAACACCAAUCCUGAAAGACCUGCAUUGGCUUCCAGUAUGUUUCCGAGCACAAUUCAAAGUGUUGGUGCUAGCCUUUAAAUCCCUACAUGGCCUCGGCCCAGUAUACCUGAAGGAGUGUCUCCACUGCCAUUGUUCACUAAGGUCCAGCUCUGAGGGCCUUCUGGCAGUUCCCUCACUGCAAGAAGUGUGGUUACAGGGAACCAGGCAGAGGGCCUUCUCAGUAGUGGCCCCUGCCCUGUGGAACGCCCUCCCAUCAGAUGUCAAGGAAAUAAACAUCUAUCUGACUUGAGAAGAGACGUUAAGGCAACCUUGUAUAGGGAAGUUUUUAGCAUAUGAUGGCCUCCUAUGUUUUUAUAUUUGGGGAGGAAGCCCAGGACAACCAAGUCAGAUGAACGGGAUACAAAUAUUAUUAUUAUUCAGGUACACAUAUGUAUAUAUAACUUGUAAUAACUAUAUGUGUAUUUCCCGAAAAAUAUAUUUCUAAAUGAUGGCAGUGUUGUUGGCCUUUUGACAUGUUGCUAUUGUCUCUCAUCUUCUACCAGGGUGAAAAGUAAAAUCAAAGAAAAGGCAUAUGAGGAAAUUAACAUCCCCAGGAAGGAAAGUGAACAGCAAAUAAGUUGUAGGACACCAGAAACACUGCAUGACUGUUGAUGCUUCCGUGUGAUUCUCAUUAUUAGGAUUUUCAUCUUCUCAGAAAUUAUUAUGAUCAAAUAAAUAUCAAGCAAACAGAUUCAAAAAUUGACUUGAAAAACCCUGCCGUCUGCUGCAUCAUUUACAAAUUAACGUGUGUCUAUGUACUAAAUCUAAUGGUGGGGGGGUGAUGGUUUGUGAAUGCUCUCCGCAAGAAAUGCCUCUGCUCACUCAGAGAUACAUAUAUACAUCCUUUAUUUUACAUAUGUACAAGCAGCACACAUAAUCAAGCAUCCGAAUCCUCUGGGUCAGAUUCUCGGAGUGACUUACGUCCACCCCUUUUCCAGCAGAAGAGGCGAGGCAUUCUCAUGUGAUGUCUCUGCCCCCUCCUCUUUAACACUCUCCUUUCCUGAGCAGAUGGAACCGGCACUGCUUCACUGUCCGUGCCAGAGCUUCCUGUGCGGUGUUGAGGCUCUGCUCCAACAUCUGAGAGCCUUCCCUCCUCCUGAGUUUCCCUCCUUUCCUCCAAUGCCACUUCCUGCCCCCCUUCCUCUACUUGUCUCUCCUCCUCCCCUGCGUUCUCCGUCAAUACCAUGACGGGGGGGGGGGUUGGUAACAAAAGCCUGGGGAGAGAGCAGCAAUUGAUUUUGCAACCUUAUUGACAAUAUUUUUAAAAUACUGGGUUUUUUUUUUUUAAAAAAAAGUUCAAAUGUGCAAUUGAGCUUCAUAUUCUUUUUUUAGAAGUCUAUUUAUCAAAAAUGGUUAACAUAUUUUGGACAUUACCCCCAUAUUCUUCAAAUAUCAUUCUUAUAUAACUGUGAAAGUGAGCACUUGUACAGUUCCCAUUCAUUUCAAUGGGUGUUAGGACUUUUGAAGUCCCUGCUCCCAUACAAGGUGUACAAGUUUUCUAGCCCCCUCCUCCCUUUUGCCAAAUAAGAUGAAAAGGAAACAUAGGAAUGUUUUGUCCUGCAGAGCAUUUGCCUUCCUACUCAACUGAAACUGACAGGUGUUCCAUCAACAUCAGUGUCACCUUGUCCUUUAGAUUUGUAUUUGGCUUAAUGCUGGUAACCUUGAACUUGUUUGUGUCUUUAACCUGCAUUUUCCAAAUUAUUGACACCCUUAAAUUUAUUGAUGUUGUCAAAGCAUUUAGACUCUGUUGUGUUAUGGUAAAUAAUACAAAUAAUUCAGAUUCUAUAUUCCCAAAGUCAAUGAUGACACAGCUAUUAAGGAUGUCCUUUCCUUCUCUGUUAGCUUUUGUUUAUGUGACUGUUUCUUCCCUUUCACCUCCCUUUAGAGUUCUCAAACAGUAGAUAUAUAUCUACAUAUCUAUAUCUUUAUCUCUCUCUAUAUAUAAACACACACACACACACACACACACACACACACACAAUGUGUGCAUUUACCUGUAAUGGGUUAAACAAUGAAAGGGCAGUUAAUCAUGUUAAAAUCUACAACUGCUCAUCAAAUCAUAUUGUGCUCUAUAAAUAAUAUAGACUUCUUCUGAAACAGUGGUUAUCAGGCCAUAAAAAAUGGCUGCAAGCAAAGCAUGCAGAACAAAUGUAUAUAGUGAAUGGUUAUUCCAAAUCAUUCCAAACUGAUGAAACAGAUUGUAAAAAAAAACACAUGUUAAUCACUAGAUGUCAUUAUUUAAAAUAUCAAACUAAGGUCAAAUGAAGAUGUUCCCACAGAACUUUACUCCAGAAUUUCCACUUUCCCCCCACUCGUGUUUUAUAGGGAAGUUAUAUGACAUUAAAGGGAGUGGGUAGCGCUGUGGUCUAAACCACUGAGUCUCUUGGGCCUGCUGAUCAGAAGGUUGGCGGUUUGAAUCCCCUGAUGGAGUGAGCUCCCAUUGCUCUGUCCCAGCUCCUGCCAACCUAGCAGUUUGAAAACACACCAGUGCAAGUAGAUAAACAGGUACCCCUGCAGCGGGAAGGUAAACGGUGUUUCCGUGCGCGCUGGUUUCCACCACAGCGUCCCGUUGUGCCAGAAGUGGUUUAGUCCUGCUGGCCACAUGACCACAAAGCUGUCUAUGGACAAACACCGGCUCCCUCGGCCUGAAAGCGAGAUGAGCGCCACACCCCAUAGUCGCCUUUGACUGGACUUAACUGUCCAGGGGUCCCUUUACCUACACAACAUUGUUCUUCUGUGUUUUUUCUGUGUUCCUAUGGUUUCUUUCUAGAACUUGCCCAACCUGAUUUUUGGGGAAAGGGGAGUACAACCAAACAGUAUCAUGAUCUCCGCAGGUGUAGAUCAUUUGGCACGGCGGUUCUGCCUUUCUGAAGGGGCGUAGCUUUGACACAUGCACCUUAAUCCAAACAAGUCAAAGGUGGUCCAGUUCAAGAGAACAUAUCUGAGAACAUAUUUGCUGUGGCAAAGUCAGAGGUAUUAGUGUUUACAUGGUGGCAGCAGAAUACCAGUAGUUGGGAGAAUGUUUGAGGUUCUAGGAACCUAGAACUGGGGACCCUAUAAGGCAAAUAGGGUUUGAGAGAACCUUUGCCAAGCAAAAGGAGAUUGGUGAUUUGAAUUAAAGGGCCCUCUUGCUCCUAAAGUGAUGGACUUGGGCAGGGGAAGGUGCCUGGUUGUCAGGUGCUUUCAGGGGCAGGCAAGCCCUGCCCUCACCUGCAUGACAUCAGGCGUAGGUCGAGUGGCUAUGGUUUGCCCAAAACAGCUUCAUGGGCCAAAUGGGAAAGUCUGAUGGGCUGAGAAUAAAUAACGAACCCUGCCAAAACAACAACAGCAACUCACAACAAUUCUAAUGGUUUGUCCUGGUGGCUUUGUCAAAAUCAGUGUCAACCUGCCCUUUUUUAAUGCAUAUUUUUUCAUAAUACUGAUAGCCUUGAACUUGUUAAUGUCUUUCACCUGCAUUUUCCAAUUUACUGACAGCCUUCAACUUUUUGAGGUUGUAAAAGCAUUUUGGCUCUGAUGUGCAAAUAAUUCAGAUUCUAUUUUCCUGAAUUCGGUAGUGGCACAACAACUAUUAAAGAUACCCUUUCCUUCUCUCUGGCUUUUAUUUACGUGGAUGUUGCCACCCUUAACCCUCCCUUUAGAUUUCUCAAGCAGAAGUCAUUUAUAUAGGUGGAUUUUGCAGCAGGUAACUGCGUUAAAAUCUUCAACUGGUCAUCAAAUUGCAUUGCACUCUAUAAACAACUUCUGAAAAAGUGGUAUCAAUAUAUCCAUAUUGAAAAAUAUUCCUGAAGGACUCAAGGAGUUGCUACUGUUUUUCCAGCAAUAGAAUUUGCAGGGAAGGAAUCUGCAUACUUGUAUACUUCUGAAUUCAGACACUUCUGGAUUUUACUAAUUACAGAAACCAAUAAGUUUAUCCUAUCAAAAAACAAUUCUGGUCUUUUCAUGAUUGGGUGUGCACAAAUAUCUAAACUGAUGAAACUGUGAAAAAGAACUUACUCACUAGAUGUCACUCUACUCCUUCAAAUCUCAGAUUGUGGUUAAGUCAGCCAGGGAUGUUUUUCACUGUAAGUCAGAAUCUCCACUCAAAUAAACAAGGAAUAUUCGGUGUUAUGUUGGAGGGGAUGCCAGGAAACAGGCAAUUAUGUUCACAUGUGGUGGGGGUGUAAAUAUGUACAAUAAUGUACAAAUAUGUACUUUUUUUGGCAAGGGAUGGUUAAGGAGAUAACAGAAAUCACUGAGUUAAAGCUGACCAAAAGUCCAGAAGCAGCAUUAUUAUCAAUUUACGAUGGCCUGGAAGGUUCACAGGCUAUGAAGGACUUGCUCACAAAUUUAUUGACAGCUGCACGAAUUAUUAUAGCUAGGAAGUGGAAGGGGCAAGCAAAAUAUAAAAUGGAAGAAUGUUAUAAAGAGAUGUGGGAUAUAGCUAUUAAUGAUAAAUUAGCAUGUGCCAUUAAGGUAAGAUGGGGAAUAUGCAGGAGAAAUUAUUUUGAGGAGAUAUGGAGGGUGUCUGUAGAAUUUGUGCUGUCAAAACAGAAAGGGGUCAAAUCAUUGCAAGAGGUGUUGAAAUUUUGGGAGGUUGGAUAGUUGCAAUGGAAUGGUCUUGAUGGUGGGGUGCACAUUUUUAUUCUUAUUUAUUUAUGAUUAUUACUUUGUCAAAAUAAAUAACAAUUUUGUAAAAAAAAAAAAACCCCCACAAAAAAAGAAUAGGAGGGGAAAGUCUCCACUUUUCAUGUUUAAUGGGGAAACCACGUAACAUAAUCAAAUAUUUGUUCUCCUGUGUUUCCCGUGUGCUUUUUCCAGUCUCUUUUGAGAACUCACAAAGCCUCUGGUUUUUUUUGGUAGGUGGGGUGGAAAACUGAACAGCAGUAGUAUGAUUGCUGCAGGCAUAGAUUUUUUUUGGCAAGGUAGUUCCACCCUUUCUGAAGGGGCAUAUUUUUGACAUGUGCACCUUGAUCCAAACGAUUCCAAGGUGCUCCAGUUCAGGGGAACAGAUCUGGGGAUGGAAAAUAGCCUGUUGGUUCCUGCUUAAUCGUUUUGGCGGCUAUGCGAAAAACCCUUCUUACCUAAACAGCUACCCCUUGAGUCAUCAACCUUGGGGCGGGGGGGAUCUAAGGAGCUACCUGACCACGACUGCAGUAAGGUUUCUAAUUGCAGCCUGGCCUUAGGCAUGUUUCCUGCAAAGUAAGUCCUAAUGAGUUCAAAGGAUCUAACUAUAGUUUCCAAAGGGUAGUAGUCAACUAUGUACAUUUUACUCAGAGUAGACCAAUUGAAAUUAAGGAUCAGGUAAAUUAAUUUCAGUAGGUCUGAGUAGCAUUUGUGACACGGGUGGUGCUGUGGGUUAAACUACAGAGCCUAGGACUUGCCGAUCAGAAGGUCGGCGGUUCAAAUCCCCACGAUGGGGUGAGCUCCCGUUGUUUGGUCCCUGCUCCUGCCAACCUAGCAUUUUGAAAGCACGUCAAAGUGCAAAUAGAUAAAUAGGUACCGCUCUGGAGGGAAGGUAAAUGGCGUUUCCGUGCGCUGCUCUGGUUUGCCAGAAGCGGCUUAGUCAUGCUGGCCACAUGACCCGGAAGCUGUACACCGGCUCCCUCGGCCAAUAAAGCGAGAUGAGCGCCGCAACCCCAGAGUCGGCCACGACUGGACCUAAUAGUCAGGGGUCCCUUUACCUUUACCUUACCUGAGUAGCAUUUAGUUGAAUGUCACCCAUAGAAUCUUACCUUAAAGUUAACCAAAUUUAUUACGGCAUAAGAAGAGACUACGGUCCAUUUAUUUAGAUGCAUCUUUUUUGGGGGGGUGUACGCACACGCACACGCACGCACACACACGCACACACACGCACACACACACUUGGCUUGUGGAGAUAAGGAGCAAACUUAGUGAGAGGACUUUGGUAUAACAGUUGGUUCUGUGGCCGGCCCUACCAUUGGGCAGAAUAAAGCAACCACCUCAGCCAACAGUUAUGAUGAGUGGGGUGUGAUGGUGAAGUGGGCAAGGGCUAUGAGGAACUUAAAUAACUUUUUUCUCACUUGCCUUUAUAUUUUUAACUAUAUGCUCCUCAGAUUCCUUGGGCAAGGCUCCCACCUUUGACAUGAAGCAUUCUUGCUUCUUCUCCUCUCCUUGAAACCUUGAACCCAGGAAGCGCCUGUGUACGUUACUGCUGUACAUUACUUUAACAAGGGCAAACGCAUUCAGUGGGAGAGGUGAGGCAAAGAGCAGCCACCAUUAUGGGCAACUAACUCAUUACCUCAGAAAGUUUAGAUAUGCCCAAUGUUACCUUUCUGUAAGGCCCUGAACCUUUAAGUGUAGGUUGGUAGUGAGGCUUCCUUUAAACUUUCAAAAUGGGUUAUGAAUUUCCUCAGCACUGUAAGUUCCCCACUUUUUUUGGUUGAUACCUUUUUUGUUAUAAAGGGCUCUAAAUUUUAGUUCCUGAGCAUGACAACUUCUGAGAAAACUGCUGUGGAGCUGAGGUAAAUGUGAAAAUGUUGUUUCUGCUCCUGUCAGCGUGAAGCUCAAGCUUCAGGAGGCCACAUCUCAAAAGACAUUUCUGUGGAAAGUUUGUGCUAUAUGUUAUUAAUUUCACGACACUUCUGUAAAUGAUAUCAUUUUUGUGAAAUCCAUAUUGAUGUACUGAUAUUCAUGUUAUUUACCUCUGUAUAAAAACUUUGCUGCGAGUCCCUCCAGAGACCUUUGCUAAACAAACUAAAUAAAUUAAAUAGUUACAUCUGUGCAGCUACAAUGGUGCAGCUACUGAUCACUAAAAUCCUGUUGCCCUAGAGUUUGCUAUUCAUAUGUGAAAGCACCCCCAUUCUGUUCUUAUUUUUCAGGAAAAGAUUAUGGCAACGUGUCCUUUCCUUAGAGCCAUGAAAUAUAAUUUCCAUUUCCCUCAAACAACCAGGCACACUCGGUUCCUCUCUUGCAACUCUUAGAUGCCCUGUAUUAGCUAAAGGGCAUAAUCCUGACCAUAAUGGAUGCCUAUGAUGUCUGUGUCCAAUUUCUGCUAAGGGCAAAUGUUACUAUGGUCCAUUGGCGGUUGGGUCUGUUUCUACAAUAUUAUGUACCUCAGCUUUUAAACAUUCUCUUCUUCAAUGAACACUUAAUCUAUGGAGAUAAUGGUAUUGUGCUGUGCUGAUGUCCUCCUUGACUGACCUUGAUUAUUUGCCCAUGCGAAUACUUCAACUGGCCAUGAGAUUAUGCAUCUGUACAGAAUAUCUUCUUCUUAAUCAUUUUUAUUGGUUUUACAUAUACAAAGUUAUAAGCGAAGAAUCGUAAAGUAUAUUCAUAUAGAGAUUCCUCCAAAUCUCAGGACUUCCCCCCAUCCCCUCGAUGGGGUCCCAUUUUAAACAUUUAAUACUGCAUAUUCUUCCAUACUCCAAUUUUUAUAUCAAACCAUGUUAGCCAUAGUAAUUUUAACACUACAAGUAAAGUUAAAAUUCUGCUUUUGUUUCCAUCUGCUUACAGUGGUCUCCUAAAUAGCUUAUAAAUUUUCCCCAUACUUUUAUUAAGUUUUUGUCCUCUUGGUUUCUGAGUGUUCCUGUCAGUUUUGCCAUCUCAGCAUAGUCCAUCAGCUUGCUUUGCCAUUCUUCUCUGAUAGGGACUUUGUCUUCUUUCCAUCUUUGGGCUGGUAGCAUCAGGGCGGCUGUUGUUCCAUACAUAAAAAGUCUUUUCUGCUCCUUUGGUAUGUCGGUAUCUAUAACUCCUAAUAAAAAGGCUUCUGGGUUCUUAACAUAAGUUAUUUUAAGCACUUUUUAAAUUUCAUAAUAUAUCAUCUUCCAGAAAGCUUUUAUUACCUUACAUGUCCACCAUAUAUGAUAAAAUGUACCUUUUUUCCUUUACAUUUCCAGCAGAUAUUAUAACUUGUCCUAUACAUUUUUGCAUAGAAUAUCUUCUAAAUAAAAGGUAAAGGGACCCCUGACCAUUAGGUCCAGUUGUGGCCGACUCUGGGGUUGCAGCGCUCAUCUCGCUUUAUUGGCCAAGGGAGCCGGCGUACAGCUUCCGGGUCAUGUGGCCAGCAUGACUAAGCCGCUUCUGGCGAACCAGAGCAGCGCACGGAAACGCCGUUUACCUUCCCGCCGGAGCGGUACCUAUUUAUCUACUUGCACUUUGAUGUGCUUUCGAACUGCUAGGUGGGCAGGAGCAGGGACCGAGCAACGGAAGCUCACCACGUCACGGGGAUUCGAACCGCCGACCUUCUGAUCGGCAAGUCCUAGGCUCUGUGGUUUAACCCACAGCGCCACCCGCGUCCCUUUUAUCUUCUAAAUAGGUUUGGGUUAUUGUUACCACCAUCACUGACAUACCUUUACCCUGAGUGACAACAAGUGUGGUGGGCGAGUGGCGUGUUUCUCCCCUCCUGGCAGCAAUGCCACUAUGUUUGCUUAUUUAUUUAGAAGAUUUGCACCCCACCUACCACUGGACUGAGAGGUCCUCAAGGCAGCUAGCAAAAGACCGUAAUAACAUGAAUGCAUAUACACAAACUGAGCUGGGGAUGGCAAGGGGUUGGGGUAAGCUUCCUGCAGCUAUUCCUUCUCUGGCCAAUUGGAAAGGUCAAGGCUCACCUUCAAACUACCAUGAUGUUCUUCCUGGAGGUCUGAGCCUGCAACCUCCCCAUUAUCUUUGGUUCCCUGCCCAUAAGCAGAGACCUAAGUGUCCUUCCUUUUGGAGAAAAGCAAUGGGGCACAUCCCCCAGGCAAGUGUGGUCCUCCAGGCCUACAGAAUUUGGCAUCUCCUUCUCAGUCCUUGACUGUAUUACAAAAAUACAUAAAUCAGUAGCCUUCAAGUUAAACUCCAAGAUCAAAUUUACAGAGAGUCUCCACCCCUUGAUUUGCUCUUUAUAAAACACAACUUUCUCCCUUUCCACCUUCACUACCGGGGAGUAACGGGAUCAGUGAUGCAUCUGUGGCACGGUUUCAAUAGUUGUGGCUUCGCCUUCUUCAUCCUGUUCUUGGGUCUGCUUCUCCCAAGUAUCACAGGAAGGGAACUGAAGUAUGUUGUCUUGGUAAGCGUGAGGUCUUCUUUUCAUUGCUAACAAUGACCUUGACAGUGUUGAUCUUUGCUGUUCUUCUUUCUAAAUUAUGUUCCUGUGAAUAAUUUUAUGCAUUUUAAUAUGCUAAGUAGAAUUUUUUUUCAGAAGGUUUCUGAAAUUUCUGAGCUUUUUCUCUUCCCUCCCCCCUUAAAAAAGACCACUAGGAAUAUCCCACCCCUACCCCCUAUUUCUAACCAGAUUUUGUGGUUGCCAUCUUUCCAUUAUUCCCAUCCCACACAAUGCUUUUGAUGAAUGAUGCUAAGUACCACCACACACAAAAAGCAUUGUUUAAAGGACAGGGUAUAAAAUGUCUAAACGAGCAAGCAAGUAUACAAACCAGAGCUUGAACAAAAAUAUUGUCUAAUUGAAUUUAAACUCUUGGUUUUUCUGGUCAGCUUUAUGAAGAACACACAAUGGGCUUGUAAGUGUUCAGUGCAUUCAAUAUUUCACUUGACAUCUGAAUGUCAAUGCCCAACGGUCAGCGGAUUUUGCAAUGCAUGUUUUCUGAAUAUGAGAAAAUGUUAUAUUCCCCUUUUGCUUCCUUUUUCCAACUGUACAGCACUAAAGUUGCAUGCAAACUAUCACUUAUUCUUAGCAGCACACAACAGUAUUGUUGACAGUCUUCCUUUUGUAAAUACCCACCCUCAAAGUCUGUUAGCUCUAGAAUAGGGCUUCCCGGACUGUGGCCCAUGCCCUUCCUUCAGGUGGUCUGCAACAUGUCCUCAUGAAGUAUUCCUGAUGAUUUUGAAUACUUAUUUUCUUUCUUCCAUUUUCCCCAGUUUGAAUUAUAUGAAAUGCAAAGUGUAGUACAAUAAGAUAUAAGACAUGAAAGAAGCACUAGAAAUAUAAUUAAAAAUUAUACAGCACAGAGCAGAUUGCAAGCACUACAGUAGUUAAUAAAAACCAUUAAGUGGUCCACCAAGACCAUCAGCAGUUUUCAAAUGGUCCAGGAGAAACCACUGCUCUAGAAAUUCCUGACGUACAUUGUGUUCUCCUCUCAAAAGGACAAAAACGAAAUUCAAUAUACAGCUGUAUUAGCGAAUCCCCUUCAACCUCUCACCCCUGCACAGAAUUGCAGAGGCACAGGACCGCUAGGAGAUAUUCUGGCGGCUUUUUCAUAGUGCAUUUCUCUGAUAGACGAAGGCGAUAAUAUUAUAGCCACUUACUUAAAAAGCAGGACCUACUGAAGUCAAGUCAUUGGGACUUCUGAGUAGACAGGUAUGGGGUAAUGUUGUGAGAGGGUUGUGUGCUUCACAUUUAGAGCGGCAGCAGGGCAGCUAAUAUUUCAUUCUGAUAGAUUGCAUCCAAUUCUAUUUUCUUGAAAACUAAUGCAAUCUUCAAAACAUUUCACCAGGUUUACCGGCAUGGCGACAGAAGCCCUCUUUCAACUUUUCCCACUAAUGUGGUCAAAGAAGAUGUCUGGCCACAAGGAUAUGGAGAGCUCACAACGGUCUGAUAAUGCUCUAAGAAAUGAAAACGUAUUUUGUUGAUUUGUUUGCCUUUAUAUAAUACUCAUUAAGAUACUAACUAUUAGUUUUAUUAUUUUAUUUAACAGAAUGGCUAUACUGCUCAAACGUCCAAAUCUCUACAAAGCUUCUGAAACUUCUGAAACGUUGUUAUUUAUUAUUUCAGGCUCCAAUAAUAGCAAUGCCCAUUUCAGUACAAUGUACACAAACAGUAAUAUAAUUUAUGUAUGGUCCACUAACCCAAAUUACAGAAUGUUAACUACAUAAAUUUAUUUAUUUUUUAAAAAAAGCAAAGAGCAAUCAUAGUCUAAGGUCAAUUGCAGCAUUUAGAAAUUUUGCAACGUUCUAAUCCGUGUGCUGCGCUGGUGCUGGCUUGCCAGAGCAGCUUUGUCACGCUGGCCACGUGACCCGGAAGUGUCUCCGGACAGGGCUGGCCCCCGGCCUCUUAAGUGAGAUGGGCGCACAACCCUAGAGUCGGACACGACUGGCCCGUAAGGGCAGGGGGGUACCUUAAUCUUUUGCUGCUGUUGAGCAUGGGUUCCAUCUUCCUCACCCCAAACUGAGUCCUUAUAAACGACACUUCCUCAUGAGGUAGUGUUGUUCCAAGAAUAUUGCUGUGGGCGAGAAGGGAAAAGCCAUGCAUCAAGCAGGAUGUGGAAUGGCAACAAAGCAUUGUUUAGAAGAAGAAAACCUGAUGCCACCAUCAUAAGCCCCCGCACAACGAAGAGCAGUGAACAUUUUACUCCCAGGCUGCAGAAGUUGCCAAAACACAGCUCCCACUAUCAUAGUCCGCAGUUUGGGCUGUGAAUGUAAAUGGCGUUCAUAACCCAGCUCUAGAACAAUGCCAGUGAUCUGAGAGCUACAGCCAUAUCAGCACACAUCCAUAACUUGUAACAGAAUCUGGUCCAGCCUCUUUUUUCAGUCUUGGAGACCUGCCACAAAUCUAGAUGUUAACCUUGUUCUCCUGGUGCUGCGGAAAGGAACAGGCCAAAAUCCAGAGCUUAGCUUUUUCAUGAUGAUGUAAUGUACACCCAACACCGUGAGCCUAGAAUACACAAAGUGUUCCUUUAUCCGUUGAAAUAGUCAGAAGUAGCUUGGAGGGGACGGUAAAUUGCAUCAAUGAGUUUUACAUGCAUACUUUUCCUUUUCCUUUUUCCCACAGCGUGGAAUGCAGCAGCAAUACUUGUUGGGUCAACUCAUAAAGGACAGAUAUAAGGACUUCUUAAGUGAUGAAUACAAGCGAAAGGAAGCAAGUAUUGGAACUAACUUCCCCGUUUUCUCAGCAAUAGCAUUUAUACUAAUAUAAUGUUAGGGUCAAACUAUGAUAAUAAUAAUAAUAAUAAUAAUAAUAAUAAUAAUAAUAAUAAAAUAAAAUUUUAUUUAUAUCCUACCCUCCCCAGCCGAAGCCGGGCUCAGAGCGGCUAACAAAAGUAAAAGUAACACAGUUUACAUAAAAUCACAAUCAAUUAAUUGAAAUACAUUCUAAAAUCAAUUCAUUCUAAAACGCCGCUUAGCUAUGGGUGCGUUUCCCCAUGCUUGUUGGAUUGGGACAAGCAAAUAGAAGCAGAAGUGUAGUGAUUUCCACCAUGUGUUCAAAAUUUACUCAUAAUUGCAAUCCCCACAAGCCUAGCAGCAUCCGCAGUGACUUUCCAUCGCCAACCUUUCCCCUCCUUACAAUGGCUACUAUGAUCAUUGCAGCAGAGAGGGCGAGAGAAGGUGAAAGACCCUGUCUUUCCUUUCCCGUGUCCUCCUGGUUCUGUCCCCCCCGUCCCACUGGAUUUCCAGUUAGGAGAUGGGGCACAGGCAGAAAAAGAAGACAGCAGUCACCAGAACAGCAACCCUGAAAGUGGGUUGGUGUGGGUAUGCAAGUUAGAUCUAAAUCUCCCCCUGUGGAAAACAACCAUCUAGGAUCAAAAUAAUAAUACCAUCCUGAGCCACUCUUUCAUUUUAUCCUUCUCAGAUUUAUGUCCGAAGUACAGAUUAUGAUCGAACCAUUAUGAGUGCUCAAGCCAAUCUGGCCGGACUCUUUCCUCCUAAAGGAAACCAAAUCUGGAACAAAGAGAUCGCUUGGCAACCAAUUCCAGUUCAUACUGUGCCACGUUCAGAGGAAAGGGUAAGGAAACCUGUGGUAUUUUUAACCUUUUCCACUCCCAGUUCAAUGGAAACAUGGCAACCUGAGAGGUGAAUAUUUCACUUAAAUAGAGAGAUGAAUAGAGAUAAGAGAGAGAGAGAGAAGUCUUGGAGUUAUGAUGCAGCGUUAGAGCUUCUAUUUGCAAAAACCAGCUAUAAAGGUAAAGGGACCCCUGACCAUUAGGUCCAGUCGUGACCGACUCUGGGGUUGCGGCGCUCAUCUCGCUUUAUUGGCCGAGGGAGCCGGUGUACAGCUUCCGGGUCACGUGGCCAGCAUGACUAAGCUGCUUCUGGCAAACCAGAGCUGUGCACGUAAACACCAUUUACCUUCCCACUGGAGCGGUACCUAUUUAUCUAUUUGCACUUUGACGUGCUUUCGAACUGCUAGGUUGGCAGUAGCUGGGACCAAACAAUGGGAGCUCACCCCGUCACGGGGAGGCUCUGUGGUUUAACCCACAGCGCCACCCGCAUCCCUCCAAGGGCCCAUGGACCAAGGCCAUGGGCAUGGGGAAGGUAGUCUGUGACGGCACUUGGAGCUUAAAUGCACCAGCAGAAGUUACAGUGUGCAUUAAAAUCCCUGCUCGGAGGGGCACACCUGACCCUUGCUGCAGUCACACUCAGACUCUGAGUAAGGAAAAGAAGAACGUGAAGUUUAUUGUAGGAAAUAUUUGUUGGAUACCACAGAUCCUAGGUGCAGCUGAGGUAAAUGUACAAAGAACCAUGCUUGCUCUUCCAUCUCUGCAGUAGAGCGAGAAAGGAAAAAUAACUCCUCUCAGUGGUGGGGUGAAGAAGGAGGAAGUGAGGUCAGCAGCCCUGAGAGUAUCAGUCUGAAGAAAGGUCAGCACUGAAAGUCUAGCAAGCAUGGAGGCUCUACUUUCUAUCUCCAUGCAAACCCACCAAGCCUUUAGCACAAGCCGCCCCUGACCAAGGCAACUUUUUGCAACAGAAAAAGUGGGAGUUCUAAUCACACGCUACUGACUGGUUGCUCUUCAAGCAUCUUCCCACUAAUAAUCUGAAUUUAGGAUGGACAUGUGUAUUAUACACAGGCAGAUGACAAUAUGAGGAGGUCUUUUUAGCUGAUAUGUUUCAUUUCAUUUCAUUAGUUGUUGCAUUAUCCUGUUCACGCUCCAUGUCCAAAGUUCGGUCAGCUUCUAAAGGAAACUUUUGGAUCCAAAACAGUCCAGGAAAAACUGAAAAGUCAAAUGGUAAGAAAUGGAAAGCGAAAAUCUUAUGGCUGCAAUCCAUGCGAGUAAAUCCCACUGAACUCAAUAGUGCUUACUUCUGAGUAGACAUACCUCAGAAUGUGCUGCGAAUGUCUGAUAAGACAGCCAAAUGCCUCUUUCUUUGUUCCUUUCCUCCUAUCCUCUCUGAAGUGGAACAAUAAAAUUCAGGACAGAUGUAGAAAUGUCCAGUCACAGGCAGCCCACUAAUAAGAAACUCCCCAUUUGCAUGGGGGUUGCGUUCCUGGCGCCCAUGCGCAUUGCUGGAGCAUGCAUAAGCCCACCCCACCUCAUUAAACCCCAUUAUGCCCACACUCCCACCCCCGUUCCAUUCCCUCUUCUGGCCACAAGAUCCGCAACAAUGAGUGUGUGCACAGAGGUGAAUCAAUCGGACACACGUAAAAUGGUCGCUGUCUGUACUAUUUCACAGAUGUGGAACACUGAGACUGGUGUCACUAUCACCAGUUGUCAGGAGCACUUUUCUUUCAAAGCAGCCAGUAAUUUCCUUUGACCACCUGUUCCCACCUGUGGUAAGGAGGACUGCAGAGAUAAGACGGGCUUUGGCUGAAUGUGGAUUUUUCCAGCUUGUGGUAGCAUCCCACCUGGAAGUAGUAAGAGGUUGGAAGUGUCCGUAUUGGCAACUUCAAGUUGACUGGAGCUCAACAAACCCACCAUUCAUAUCCUAUGUCUCCAAGGCAAUCUAAAUCUUUCCCAUCUCGCAGUCGAAAUGACCAUUGCGUGGGUCUGCCUUUGAAGGCUCUUCCGAAGCUGUAACCUGACUGGUGCAGAACAAUGGCAGUCAAUUUUAUUUCUGCUGCUGUCUUCAGGGGCCAUUGAGCAUGCUCAAAAGCACUCUGGUUGCCUAUUAACGUCUUUGUUAUGUACUGAGUUGAAUAGGAUCCAAAAUGCAGCAGUCUGAUUGGUCCUAGAACAAUAGGAUUCAGAAUGCAGCAGUCUGAUUGGUCCUAGAACAAUGCAGCAGUAUGAUUGGUCCACAGGAGCCACCCUAUCCAGCUCCAGGCGGAAGUGAAUCCGCAACCUGAUUGGCCUACAGGAGAAUCCCGGAAUUAACCAAUCACGUGCAGCCCAUUUUGUAAAUAAUGUAUAUAAAGCAGAUAUUUGGGGAGAACUUUCAUUCCUCACUACUAUGAGCUGAAUAAAGAGCAUGAAAUCCACACUCGACUCUGAGUAUAUUUCAAUCUUGUUUGCCAAUAGCUUUCAAUCCCCUUGUGCUCCUUAAGAUCAAGCUCUGAAAGCCCACCAUUUAAUUCUGUCCUCUAAGAUUGGGGGCUACUGCAGAACCCCCCACAUUAUGGAACUGGCAGGGCAAAACUCUGCCCCAUUAAAAAAUGGCAGUCACUGCAGGAUCAGGCCCUACCAUUCAUUUGCACUUACUGGUUCAUUAAUCCUUCUGCUCUUUAUCUUUCAGCCAUUUCUAGGUCAAUUAGCAUCUAACCUGGGAUACGAUAUGAAGGCUCUUCUGGAUUUUAAGAGUCACAAACUCUGGAAUGCGUACGAUGCUUUACUUGUUCAGGUAAUUUCUAGUAAACCUAUAUGAAACUGAUUCAUCCCCAACAAAACAGACCAAGGGGUUUAGGACGAGGUCAGGUGGCACAUGGCAGAUAAAAGCCACACUUGUGGCAAGGUCAUUAACGAUCCUGCUUUCAAUAUUAUUUGUGCUGGAGGCUGUUGUAACCAUAGUAGCAGAAGCUGCAGUGGUCCAAGCUACUGUUUACAUUGUGGAUGAGGAACCAUUUUCAGCUUCAGGGACACAUUUCCAUCUAGGAAACCUUCCAAGGUAGGACCACGUAUCAGUGGUGGUUUUGGGGAGCAAGGUUGUGUAGAGCUAUAAAUGUACAUUUUACCUUUGUGCGGUUCUCAACCUGUGGGUCCCCAGAUGUUGUUGGACUACAACUCCCACCAUCCUUGAGCUCUGGCCUUGCUAGCUAGGGGUGAUGGGAGUUGUAGUUCAACAACAUCUGGGGACCCACAGGUUGAGAAAGGCUGGUACACACACACAAAACCACACACACACCUCUCUAUGCUCCAUAUAAGAGACAUUAUCAGAAAUCAAAGACACAUUUCAGCCAAGCUAAAACACCCCUUUAGUUAGGCAGAGGCCUAUUCUGCCCCCACAAAAAGGGGAACUUCUAGACUGAGUUCAUCAACCCAGUUGGGACUGUGUGUUUUUUUUCUUUAACUGCCAUAGACAUGGGGCUGGGAGAGGAGACCUCAAAAACCUAUGUAGUCUAAUUCUAAUCCUACAAUUGUGGAAAUUUAUUUAAACCAAAUCCCUCUCAUUGUAAUAUUGGUUUUAUUAGCUGGCUGUGAGCCAUUUUGUGUGGGCCCCAAUGUGGCAUGGAAUGGGUUUUCCUAUAUAGAAACAUGAAGGUCUGUGAAACAACAGAACAGAUGAGAGUGAGAGAGCAAAGGCAUGGCUGAUAGAUGAAUCACCACCCGCUUUUAUUUCUUUUCAACUGUAGAAAAAACAUAAGCAGCCAUUACCAGCCUGGGCUACUGACAAAGUCAUGGCCAAUUUGAAAGAUCUUUUGGCAUUUUCCUUAAAUGCAAUGUUUGGGAUACACGAAAGAGAAAAGAAAUCACGACUACAAGGAGGUAAGAAAAAGCAAAACAAAGCCCACAUCUUUCUGUGCUGCAUGCCUCAUGUGUAGACACAAAGGCUGGAAUUAGACUCAUUAAAGAAACAUUUCAGGAAAACACAUUAUAAAGAUUAAAGUGGGAAGUCACAUUGCCAAAGGGUCCAACUCUACAGCGCCACCUGGUGCCCAAUGUUACAGCACAUUUAAAACUCUCUUUCUUUCUUUCUUUCUUUCUUUCUUUCUUUCCUAAUGUAGCUGAGUCCGAAGUCACAUUCCUAUGUGUAUAUAGACCAUCUCAGCACACAUAUUGUAUACCCUUCAACUUUCCCAAUUGAAUUGGGAGUAUUACUAGAAUGUUAGAACUUCUCUGCCCCAGCUGAAAAAAAAGUCUUUGCCAAUUUACUUUAACAAUUGGUUAAAGAUAAAAGGGCUUCUUGGUUUCACCUGCAUUUGUAUUCCUUUCCAUCACCAUUAAGGUCUCCUUGUGAAAGAUAUUUUGAAUAAGAUGACAGAGGCUACUCAGUCCACUGAUGGAAGAAAAAUGUUAAUGUAUUCAGCCGUAAGUAUGAACAUUUUAAAUUGACCAAACCUUCUGUAGCUCGCAUUCUCCUGCUACUUUUUGGCUCCCCUCUUUAAGCAGACUAUUUGGAAAUGUGAUUUGUCUACUCAAGUAACAUUAUGCGCAUCACAUCUUUUAAAAACAGGGUUGAAAAACAGAGUGUCACUUUUUACUUUGAAGGGGAAACAGUUAUGCUCUUGAUGAGUCGCCCUACCCUCCUGGUCUGGAUUGGGCCACAUUCUGUACAUUAUCUUUGGGGGGCUGUAGGGAGAGAUUUGGGUAGGAAAACUGCAUAGCCCUCCAGCCCAAAUCAGGGUCCCAACACAGCUCAUGUUCCUGCAAAAUAAAAGUAAUUACACAGAGAAAGAGAGAGAGAUGAUUGACAUAAGGUUUCAUCGAUACUGAAGGCAACCUCAGAGCUACAAAUGUGAAGAAACUACAUGUUAAAAUACUAAAUUAGCUGACUGUCUGGAACUAGCCUAAGGUCUUACAUCCCCAUUUUGUUGCACAUUUCAUUCCCUUUAGUGCCUGCUUAGAUUAUUUGCAAGCAUGAUCCCUUUGCAAUAUCACAUGUCCUAGAGACCAUAAUGAGGCCCUUGUCUAAAACGGCAUCUUUGAAACUAGCAGAGUCUGAGAUAAGAACUCUCUUUCUAUAUAUUCAUAUAUACACAUAUGUACACACACACAAACUUCUGUCAUAAAAGUUAUAAGGAAUUCUUUUUUCUCCCUUUUAUAGCAUGAUACCACAAUAGUUGCUCUCCAAGUAGCACUCAAUGUUUUCAACGUAAAGCUACCUCCAUACGCCGCCUGCCUAUUUUUUGAGCUAUAUAAAGAAGACAGUGGGUAAAUAUGAACUUGUAUAUUCAAUAAUUAUCAGUGAUUUAUUGGGUAAGCAUCUGCAAAUUCACUCAUCUUCUCAAACACAGUAUUUCUUCUCACAAUUCCUGCACUGCUGAAAUGGGUCAAAAAUCAGUUGCGUUCCCUCUGCGUUUGAGCUUGAUGUCUGGCUGUUCAAAAUGCUAUUGAAAAAUUAUUUCAUAGCUGAGUGGCUGAGGUGUGCAUACCUUUGAAAGACAGAAAGGGGUUGAAAGGGUUGAGUCACACUUUGUGCCAAAUCUACAAUAUUGAUCAUUGAUGCAGAGCUGAGAAACCCCAAUUAAAUCAUAAUUACUUGAAACAGCAGGUUAGAAUUGGGCAACAAUGAAAAGGUGUCAUGGGCCUCCCAAAUGAAAGACUGAGAGAUGCUCAAAAGAAGAGAGGUUGUCUACCCACUUUUUCCUAACUUUUCUCGAUUAUUAAAGAAAAACAAGACUAAAUUCCACAAAAUAUCCAAUUUCAUGAAAGGAUUUCUUAAACCACAUCCAAAACAAUAGUGCAAUUCUAGUCACACUUAAUGGGUCAUAAGCCCCAUUGGGACUCACCUCUGAGACAACAUGUGUAUGAUUAUGCCUGAAUGCACUUAAUAGAGAAGAAUCCCAACUGAACACAAUGAAAUUUACUUCUAAGCAACUAUGCCCAUAAUUGCACUGCCUGAAGGCUACUUUCCUGGGCAGAAUUCAACAAGGGCUGCCUGUAGGCAUGAAAUCCUUUGCAGGCUUACUUCAGAAUAAACCCCAUUGAUAUCUGUGGGACAUAUUUCUAAAUAUAUAUGCAUGAAAUAAAUUGAACAACCAGGCAGUUUGCGACAAAGGGCUGGUUUUGCUUCUUUAAGUAAAUCCCAUCAAGAUGAUUAGCAUUCAGUCGAGAAAAUCAGCAACUUGUCUUGAGCCUUCCGUGGUUAGCAGUACAGAAGUCCACCCAUCUUAUCAGAAGACUUCUCAGAUCAGUUCUUAUGAAAUGGAAGUGAGGCCUGAGUGAUAUAUGGCUGCAUCUUGUAGAAAUGACUUCUUCUUUCUUUGGCGAUCACUCAUAGCCGAGUAAGAUUGUCUUACAUAAACACGGUUUUAACAAUGAAACCACAAGUGACUGUGGAGGCCAAUUCUGGAUCCACAUGUCCUUCCACAGUGGGGACAUUGGUUUCCAGGCGGGAAUUGAUCACGGUGUGGAUUUGCCAAGUAUGCCUUCCUCCUAGCAUGUUUCUCCCUUGCCUCCUGAGUUCAAGCGUCUUCAAAGCCCAUGACACCUUUGGUAAAGGCUGUUCUCCAACUGGAGCGCUUGCAGGCCAGUGUUUCCCAGUUGUCAGUGUUUAUACUACAUUUUUUUAGAUUUGCCUUGAGACAGUCUUUAAACCUCUUUUGUUGGCCACCAGCAUUACGCUUUCCAUUUUUAAGUUUGGAAUAGAGUAGUUGCUUUGGAAGACGAUCAUCAGGCAUCCGCACAACAUAAUGCUCUUAAUGACCUACAUUUCUCCUUUUCAGUCAGUUCACCAUUGAGAUGCACUAUCGGACCAAAAAAAACCUUCCACCCCAAGCUCUUGUUUUGCCGGGCUGUGAAGCGGCUUGCCCCUUGCAGAAGUUUAAAGAACUGGUUUCUCCUGUCAUACCAGAGGACUGGCAAGCAGAAUGUAAUUCUUAA